AUGGCCCAAACUAUUGAGGUAACCACUUAACCUUAGGGUGAGCUGUUGCAUGGUAUAUAAGCUGCAAGUUCCCCUAAUGCGCGGUCGCGUUUAGAGAGUCACACACAUAUUUACAAGGUAUUAUCGAGCUUAAAGGCUGAUUUCCACUGUUGCGUUUUUCAUAUUUACGUAUACGCACAUAAAUUUUAAAUCCGUUUAAAUAUUACUUAUGAAAUAACCAAAUAAAUAAAGCAACACAAUUUAGUGUUCCACAAGUUUUAGUAUGCAUUUGUUUGUAAAAUAUUUAAAAAUAGAAGGAUUCAUGUACACAUGUAGGAAAAACGCAACAGUAGAAAUCAGCCUUGAGCAACGUCAAAAGACUGGGUCAAGAAUGUUGAUUGGUUGAUAUAUAACAUCAAAUUUGCUUCCGGUCAACGUUCGUGUUGUCAAAACCAUUGCUUGCUUAAGCCAUGUGCAAGAAUGUUACAAGAAUGUUAACUUCUGUCAACUGCUUUUACAAAAAUACCUAUAUCUCAAUCUUGCUAAACAAUGCGAAGAGUUGGAUUUACACGAGAUAUCUGUUCAAGAAAGAAUCGAUGCUGCCAGUAAGUAUUAUAAAAUUUUGAUAUGUGACUUUUUAUGUCAAUACAUUGAAUAUUCAUGCUUGCUCUUUUGUACUGUACCAAGACCAAGUACUUAUAGUAAAAUUUAAGUCAGACUCAGCUGAGCCUAUAUAUAUAUAUAUAUAUAUAUAUAUAUAUAGUUUUCUACAGACAAUUAAUCUUAUGCCUUAGAAGAAGAUAUAGAAAGAGUAAGAGAUGAGGAUUAGUUGAGAAUUCAGUUCAUUGACGACGAGAAUGUAUCUCUCUUGAGAGAGGACCCAUGUGACCGACCAAAUCUUUUACUUCAAGAACCAGAUGAGGAGGUUAGUGAUAUUUUAUUGCAUUUCUUUGCACUUUUUGAGUUUGUUGGGAUAUUAUUUUUGUCUAUGAUUUCCAAGUUUGAAUAGAUAUGCAGCCUAUUUUGUGAAUGAUACGCAGUAUGUACUGGGUUCACAACUCACAAAAAGAACAAAUGCUGAAUGAAUGUUACAAAUGCUUCAGUGAAUGUUACAAAUGCUGAAUAAAUGUUACAAAUCUUUAUGCAGCUGAACUGAGUAAUAAUUUGUUGUUUUAGCUGAAUCCAGAUGUUAUUGGAGAUAGUUCAGAUUCAGAAAAUGAAAAUAGCCUUGCUCAAACUUCAAGUGCUCAGGAAAAAAGUAAUCAAGAUUGUGAGCAACGCCAGCCAGAGGAAGAGGGCAUGGCAGUGGACAGAAACGGGGACGAGGACAAGGGAAAAGUGGGCAAGGAAAGGUAAGACAAAAAAUAAAUCAACAAAGAGAAAAAAGUGGGGGGGGGGAAGGAUGGUGAUCCUAAUUGGAAAGAUUGUGCUGGUGUUUAUAACAAUCCAAACAUUGCAACACCAUUUCAUGAAGUACCAGGUCCUUGCAGAUUGGCAACUGGUCAAAAGUCUCCACUGUGUCAAAAUGCAAAACCAUCACCAGCUCCUUGGACAGAUGUGACAGUUGAUGAAAUCAUGGCAUUUAUGGGAGUCAUUAUUGCAAUGGGAACGACACAUCUCCCUGAGGUAUUCGAUUAUUGGAGAACAGAACAUAUUUUGUCCAUGCCAUGGUAUUCUAGCAUUUUUUCAAGAACCAGGUUUCUACUGAUAAGUAGAUACUUGCACAUCUUGCAGAUAAUACAAUUCAACCUGAAAGGGUACAUCCCAGUUACAAGCUAUUCAAGUUGGGUGGUAUUCCUGAAAUGCUAUGUCAAAAAUUCAAAUCCUUGUAUCUCCCAACAAGAAACCUCAGUAUCGAUGAGCAAAUGAUUGGAACCAAAUGCCGGGUAAGCUUUAUUCAAUAUAUGCCAAAAAAACCCGAAGAAGUUUGGAAUAAAAAUAUGGGCAUUAUGUGAAUCUUUGACUGGCUAUUGUUUACAAUUUCAAAUAUACACUGACAAAUCAGAUACUGGUGCAGUUGAGCAUGGACUUGCUUAUAGAGUUGUCUUUGACUUACUAAAGGAAUACCUUGAUAAGGGAUAUUAUGUCUAUUUUGAUAACUUUUAUAUGAGCUUGAAAUUAUUACAAGACCUGGCCCUUCACAAAACAUUUGCUUGUGGUACUAUACGUGUGGAUCGAGGAGAUUUUCCAGAACAAUUCAAAUAUGCCAAGCUUGAGAAAGGGGAUUCCAAAUUUAUAAAAAAUGAUGAUAUCUUAGCUGUUCUUUCGAAGGACAAACGAGAUGUUUUUGCAAUGUCAUCAAUGCACGGAAAUGGCACAAAGUUGAUAGAAUGCAGAGGGGAGAACAACAUAACAAAGCCGAGCAUGAUUCUUGAGUAUAAUAAAUACAUGAACAGGGUAGACAAGUGUGAUCAGUACCUAACCUACUAUUCACUCGGGAGGAAAGCCAGGAAAUGGUGGAAAAAGGUGUUUUUUAGAUUAUGUGAAUUGUGCAUAAUCAAUGCUAUGGUGCUGCACUUUGCUGCUUAUCCGAAUUUUGCCAAACAGCGUCAGGCACACAAGUUAUUUCGAGUUCAACUUGCCCAUGAGCUUGUGCAACCCUUGCUGGAUGCAAAGGCUGCAGUUGGAAAUAAUGUUCACUCUCCAGUGCCUGGGAGAAGGUCAAUUGAGGAUGAUGUAUGCCUACAGGGAAAGCAUUUUGCCGAGAGUUGUCAUCCAGAGCGUGGAAGAUGUGCAUCUUGUGGGUAUAAGAAAGGCAAAGAUAACAAAUAUAAAGACACAAAAACUUCAAACUAUUGUACAAAACGUGAUAAGUUUAACACAAAAAGUUAUGUAUAAGGGGGUUUUAUUAUGCACCGAUGUGAAAGUAUCAUAUUUUGGGCAGAAGUUGAUAUCAAAUUCCUCAGCCAAAAUUGGCAGCUUGUUACCUUAGAUAUACAACUAACCUGUUUUAGUUAUGACACUAAUAUCAGAACAUCCUAAUUUUAUUGUAUCCUCAUGGAUAUUGUGCAUUGUUUUAGAAUUAUAGGGGGGAAAAUUUAAAAUACUAGACUUUUAGUAUACAUUUUGUAAUGUUUGUCAAUGAUCACAUGACUUGUGACGUCAUAAUUUGUUGAUUAGCAUCAUAUUAUAUACAUAUUAUGAAAGACCAUGCUUUCCUCAUUCUAAAUAUAUAUAUAGUUUUGGGUACCUACCUACAGUAGAACCUUGAUUAUAAACAACUGAAUGUGAUUUGCUGAAAAUUUCAAAAAUUGCAACUAUUUAUCUUGGUAGCUAAAGAGAAGUUCAUGGAUUUAAACUUUUACACACUGCAGUGCAUGCAUGUAAAAUGAAAUAAUUAUUUUCAUAAUUUUAAUUUAGAUGAUGAUUUAAAUGCAUCUACCUUGCCAAGACCUAAAACGGAAGUUAUGAAGAAAUCCAUAACUUAUAAGGGAUCUGGGCUGUGGAACAAUCUUAGUAAUGAAUCAAGGAAAUUAGAAUCCUUGGACACUUUUAAACAUACUGUUGCCAAACUAGAAUCCUUAAGUGCUACAAUGUUUGACUAAUUAUUGAUAUCUAGAAACACUGCAAGGUUCUUAAAACUGAAGUGUAAAUAAUAACAUUAACUUACUGUAUUCAUAUAUUUGUCUAAUGUAAGUGUAAUUUUUAAUUAUUAGGAUAUAGUUACACGACCCCAUCAGCUUAUGCUGUAAAUAUCUAUCGUGUUAAAAUAAAUGCUAUUAUUAUUAUUAUUAUCGAACGACGAGAGGAAGUUGAUGGAGAAGUUUCUGAAAUUGAGCAACACCUGCAGAAUAUUUCACAGGAAUAUGCGAAACUAAAAACUUUAAUGGACCAGAAAGGGUAUGCUCAUACACACAGACAAAAUACCAAAACUACCAUCGAUAUGAUCAGUGACCGUCGUUCCAGUAUCCGCUACAGACAACGACAAGAGACCAAGAAUGUACUUGAAUACAUCCAUGGUGGUGAGGUUGCAGCAGUACUUGGAGCUUGGGGUUUUGUAACAGCCCAUGCAGACAAAGAAGAACUUAUGAACGGCUUGACUAGUAAGUAUUAAAGAGGAAAAUACUUACAAGGGGUAAUCAACAAAGCCAUGAACAAUCAUAAGCAGUCCAAGGAUUCCCUAAUCAAGCACUUGCUUUUAAGUACCAAAAUCUUUUGUCUGAACGUAAAUUUAAUUUAAUGUGUAAAACACAGUCUUCUGUGUUUGAUCCUGAAGUAUGGUUACCACGAAAUAUGAAGUGCUUAGGGGUAGAUGUUGAGUUGACGCUUAGUCGAGUGUCUGAUGACAAAAUUGAUAAAAUCAAUAGAUAUAGGUAUUAGUCAAAUUCCAAAUGCACCUGAGUUCACUAGGACCAUCACUUGCCUUGUAUUCAUGAUUAUUGAUUUGCAUUUACGAUUGCCACAUCUUUUUCGGCAACUCAUUUGGUUCAAUGAAAAUACCAAUCAUUUCAUUUUCCAGUUUUCUGAUGAUGGUGCCCCUGAAACAAGCCAGCUCACAACGUCAAUAGGUAGUAUAACAUUGUGGAAUUUUGGGGAAAGGGUUAGAAGUGGGGAAUUUCAGUACCUGCUUCAUUGUGUCAGCCUUGGCAAAAAGCAUGCAAUGCUUGAGGUUCCUUGGAGACAACAUACUGAUGUGAUGCAGCUACUUGAGUCCAGUGUUUUCACAGUUUGUGGGAAGGAGUGCACAGUUGAGUUUCAGCCAAGUGCUGACAUGAGCUGGCAAAGUUGGGCCUGCAAUGAACUGAACCAGGCAGCUACACACCCUUGUCCCUAUGCAAAUGUGCACAAAAAUAAUAUGUGUAUUCUUGGUGGCACAAUUGGUCUCGGUCACAAUGAUACUUGGACACCGUACACAAACGACCUGCGUGCUGAGCAUGCAAAGAAGGUAAAUGUUUUUAUUAGUUCUCUAGCUACUAAUAUUAAAAGCAGUACUCGUCAUGAGAAAAUGCUUGCUUUUAUGACUGAAAAUGGGAUGCGCCAACUUGGGACACCUAAAAUUGGGGUGUUUGCAGAAAGAGUUCGACCAGAUCCACUGCAUUGUGAAAUUAAUGCAUGGCAGCAUUUAUUAGAUUUAAUUUACUGCGAAUGUGUGAAGCGUAACAUUUUCCAGCAGUUCAUUAAAAUAUUAUCAGCUCCUGUUGGUCUUGAACAUAGUAAUCAUUUGGAAACUUUGGAUCAGAUUACAAACCCAGCUGAUUUAAAUGACUCUAUGUCAGAAGACACAUUAACUUUGUCUGAGAUUGCUAUACCAGAGCAUAUAAACCUUUUAGAGGAACAAGCUACAGCCAAUUUAUCUGCGGCACUUAAAAGUAAGGCUGCCACACUAGAUUCAUCAGCAGACAAAGUGUAUGGAUGCGGUCUGGCAUACUUAGCAUCUAAAAUUAAGGAGCAUUACAGUGUCGAAGCUAAAAGGUCAAACAAAUUGCCAACUCGUUUGAUAGGUAGUCAAGCUGUGAGUCUUUCUAGGCAUGGCUACAGACUUGUUGAUGCCUUGCAAUAUGAUGAAGAAAGCCCUUUAGAGAAUACCAAACGAUUGGCACUUUCAAAAGCAGUGGAAUAUUUAUGCCAGCAGAUUGUUUAA